AUGCAGACGGACUAUUCGGCUGAUGAUAUCACAGCAGCGACGAGUUUGCAGUUCUUCGCGGCUUGUCCCGACGAGUUCUCUUCCGCUGUUAAACUCCCUUAUCCAGACCUACGAUUAUAUUUGUUCGUUUCACGAAGAGGUAAUUGGAGAUUUCUGCUUGUUUCACACUGGACCACGGUGAAAGGCCUUUAUAUCGUUACGCGAUACGUCCCCUUUCUCCUCCUCGCCAUAAAUCUGUAUUUGAGUCUUAUCCCGAAUGAAACUCCAGGUAAAUGCCGGGUGUUGGACAAUAUUAACACAGGUUUCGGCAUACUAUCAGUAGUUUGCUCCGAGGCAUAUUUCGCCCUCAGAACAUGUGCGCUCUGGAACAACGAUAGAAUCUUGCUCACAGCCGUGCUGUCUACCUUUCUCGUGAGUUCCCAAUCUACUCAUCACACCAAAGCUAGUGGUAAAUGCAUCAGCCAGACUUUUAUCGGAGCAUCCAUGGGGAUUGCCUUCACCACUACUGCUCCCGCAGCAUAUGCAGUUAGCGCGAUCCCGGGUAUCACAGGAUGUUACCAGAGUUCGACCAAUUUCCGACUCUUCAUACCAUUUAUUCUCCUUUCCGCAUUCGAAUUGGGACUCAUGACCCUCACGCUCAUACGCGCCAUACAGAACUGGCGGACAAACCCAGGCCGUCUGUACGUUGUCCUGGUGCAACAUAACAUAUUCUAUUAUACGUGUGGUUUUUUGCUUUCAGUAGCAAACAUAUUCACAUCGCUGUUGCUCCAUUACUCCUACCACGGUAUAUUGGAUGAUUUCCAGUUCGUGAUCCUUGCAAUUCUCGCAACGCAUAUGCACCGCCAUCUCUGGCAGAUGAAGCGACAGACAUGCAGAUCUGACGCCUCCAUGCAAAUUCCUCUGUCCGAGAUGACACCUGUU